UGGCGCUGUGGGAUUUGUCUCCGGAGUGAAUGAACCGUAGAAGAAAAAGGUUACCUCUUCGGUUUCCGUACCUUACGAAAUUGUGUCAAUAUUCGUCGAGCCGCGUUGACAUUGAGUGCCGUAAAAGCACUAUUUUGCUCCAUUUGAAUAAAGGCCAGGCCAUCGCCAUGGUUACCGGGAAGCGUUUGGCCGACAUGGGGUACCGGGCCUUCUCGGCCUCCAUGAUGCUGCUGACCCUGUACGGGGGGUACCUGUGCACCAUGCGAGGGUACCGCUACAUGCAGAGGCAAAAGGAGCUCAAAGUGGCUGCCGAAAACCAGGAUCCGGAAAUGAUGAAAGACUGAAAACGGGACCGGACCGACCCGGAAACGACCCUUUGCCCGCCUCCACACUGGGACAUUUGUGAUUUUAAUCAUGUUGCUCACAUUAGUUUGCAUGCAGUUGUCGGUGCGGAAUUAAAGCAUCUUUCAACGAGGAACCCUCA